ACAGUUCCUGAGGUGUGAGACUCAUCCAGUCUUCUUUGUACAACCAUGACCCAGCAGUUCUGGGGUCCCUGUCUUUUCUCAUUGUUUAUGGCUGCAUUGGCUCAGGAGACACUGGAUCCUCAAAAAUCAAAGGUGGAUUGCAACAAAGGGGUGGCUGGCACCAUCUAUGAGUACGGAGCCAACACCUUAGAUGGUGGGGAGUAUGUCCGGUUCCAGCAGUAUGCAGGAAAGCACAUCCUCUUUGUCAACGUGGCGUCCUUCUGUGGCCUGACAGCUACGUACCCUGAACUGAACGCAUUGCAGGAGGAGCUGAGACCAUUCAAUGUCAGUGUUUUGGGCUUUCCAUGCAACCAGUUUGGAAAACAAGAACCUGGAAAGAACUCAGAGAUCCUCCUUGGACUCAAAUAUGUUCGCCCAGGCGGUGGCUUUGUUCCCAAUUUCCAGCUCUUUGAGAAGGGGGAUGUGAACGGAGACAAUGAACAAAAGGUUUUUUCUUUCCUAAAGAGCUCCUGCCCUCCCACCUCUGAACUUCUUGGCUCUCCAGAACAUCUCUUCUGGGAUCCCAUGAAGGUCCAUGACAUUCGCUGGAACUUUGAGAAGUUCCUGGUGGGACCGGAUGGAGUCCCUGUCAUGCGCUGGUUCCACCAGACUCCUGUCAGAGUUGUCCAGUCAGACAUCAUGGAGUACCUAAACCAAACCCGUACCCAGUAGGAUGUGUUUUACAAAUAGUGCCUUUGCUCCAUUCCUUCACCAGCCUCCAUAUGAUCAAAGCCUGCAAAACUACCUGUGUCCUUACUAAUGUGUGUACAAACAGAAGUUUAUCUGUGGUAGGCAUAUGCAUGCACUGGAAAUUAAGUAAAAAACAAACAAACAAACAAACAAUUAUCCACCCAGAUAUCUGACUCUCAUAUAUCUAGUUUCCCUAAUCUAGUCCAAAAGAAAGUCAUAUUUUGGCAAUGAUGAUCCAGACAAUUCCAUAUAUCUAAAAAGUGAUCUAUCAAGACCCUAAUCUAUCAUUCACAGCACUGGUGGGUUAAAAGAAGUGGGAAUGGGUGGCCAGAUCCUCUGGGUCCCAGUAUCUUCUCCUCCCAAGCGGGGCAUGCUUUGUCAAGCUCUCCUUCUGUUUAGCUCCUUAGUACAACACUGACCCAUAGUUAUCUUAGGGAAUUCUGAGGGCCAAGAGCAGAAAGCUCACCUCACAUGGAGGAAGGGGUAUUUCUACCACAGUUGGUCCCAAGGUCCCUCUGGCUCAGACCCUACCAGAGCCUUCCUGAGUGCCUUUCUGUUAGUGCAUCAAAUGAUGUGGUUUGCUCUCACCUAGAGUCUUCUCAACUUUAAAUUCAUCCCUGUUAUCACUGUCUCUAAUAAUGAUGAUGAUGAUGGUGAUAAUAAUAAUAAUAAUAAUAAUAAUAAUAAUAAUAAUCUAAUAAACAAAAGAACU